AUGAUGCUCCAGUGCAUGCACGGCCACCGCCUGGACCAGGACGUGCGGUUCAUGCGGGCGGACGACGACGUGGACAUCUGGGGGACCGGAUGGAGAGCUUCCCGCCCAGCUCAGCAGCAGAGAGCCCCUGUCCCUGGGCCAGACGGGCUGGGCGCCUCAGAGGGGAUGGGCCAGCUGGCCCUAGAGCCCGGCGAGAACUUCUGCAUGCCCCCCUCCCCCGCGUGA